AUGGCCGAAGAGUCCAAUCAGCCUAAUGACUCGCCCAAGCCUGGCCGUCUUGAGAGCCUGAGUGGGCGUGGAUCUGCUGGCCCUGGAUCGUCAAGGCCGUCUCGGGGAAGAUUCACCCCCAACAUGGUUGGUCGUCGAUCUAAGGAGGAUCGAGAAAGCACUGCACCUGCAAUUAAGCCGGAGCCCAAGAAUGAUGUCAAAAAACAGGAACAACAGCAGCGUCGUAAACCUCGUAAUAACGGCGCUCGAGCGGAGGCUGCUGGCCCGCUUGCUGCUCCUUCGACGGUAGAUCCCCGACGCAGUGGUCGCAGCGGCAGCGGAGCAGGCGGCGGAGGCGGUAGCGCUAGUAGAACUUACUCUGCAGCCACCUCUUCUAACGCUGCAUUGAGUUAUGAACUAGAGGAUGGAGGGCUGGAUGUCGGAAGUACUGGAAUCGACCGGCCAUUCUUCCCGAUCCGAGCUCAAAAAAGUGUCUCUGGGUCUGAGCAGGAUGAACAAGACGAAUUCGAUAAAAUCCCCGAGCUGGAAGAAGACAAACUGUACCUUUUUGAGUUGCCCGCUCUCGAAAUUGAAAAUACAGAUGAAAUGACUGACUCUGAAAAGGGCAUCGUCGAGGGUCAGAUCGGGACCCUCCAGUAUCACGAAUCGGGUAGAGUGACCCUUCUAAUCGGGAAUACGGCUAUGGAUGUGUACACUGGCGCCAACGUCACAUCAAUUGAGGAUGUUGCCCUCAUGGAACCAGAAACUGUUUCAAGACUAGGCCAAAUAGACGAACGGUUUGUCGUUGUACCAGAUGUGAGCCAGUAUUAA